CGUUAGCUUUCCCCUCCCUGCUCUGCUCUGCUCGGCCGAGAAAUGGAGGAGGAUCCCCCGGCGGCGGAGCGGUUCGUGCUGUGGCUGCACGGGCUGGGCGACAGCGGGCGUGCGAACGAGCCGGUGGCCGGGUACGCCUUCGCCGGCGCCCGCUGGGCCUUCCCCACGGCGCCCACCGCGCCAGUUACAUGCAACCGUGGCAUGCUGAUGCCGUCGUGGUUCGACAUCCACGACACGCCCAUCACCUCCAAAUCCGUGAGGGGCGAGGCGGACGUGAUGAGGGCGGUGGAGAGCGUGCACGCCAUGAUCGACCGCGAGAUAUCCGCCGGAACGAGGCCGGAGGACGUGUUCGUCUUCGGGCUCAGCCAGGGAGGCGCGCUGAGCAUCGCGAGCGUGCUGCUGUACCCGAGAGCCCUGGGCGGCUGCGCGGUCUUCAGCGGCUUCCUCCCGUUCGGCGCCUCGUUCGCGUCCAGGGUGACGGCCGAGGCCAAGAAGACGCCGGUGCUCUGGGUGCACGGGCGAGCGGACCUCCUGGUCCCGAUCGAGGCCGGCAAAGACGGCACCAAGUUCCUGCGGGGACGGCUCGGCAUGCGCUGCGAGUUCAAGGUGUACGAGGGGCUCGGCCACGAGCUGGCACCCUACGAGCUCCAGUACUGCGAGCGGUGGGCCGACGGCGGGGGCGGUGGCGGUGGCUCGGGAGACGACGACCCAGGAAGAAGAAACGUGGACCGUGGCGUCCCGAAGAGCAGGCGUUCCUGCAGCUGUGGCUUCGGCUUCUUCUCUCGGUCGUAACGCGCCGCGGAUAGACGAGCGGAACGAGUUCUUUUCUUUUUUUAAGAGCUCUUUUAUGGUACCAUAGGAGAAAUAUGGGUCGUUCAUUUAUGAAAUCUAAUGGUGGGGAGCGAUAUGUACUGCUCCAAUUUCGCUAGUGGAAUUGCACGCGGUAUGGCUUGCACCGCAUCGCUCUGUCCUCCGGUA